GUUGGUGUUUCUGGGAACCUGCUACUGGUUUGGUCUCCCAUCCACACACACACACGCGCGCGCGCACACAGCCGCAGUCAGACAGACGGUCUACGCAGACACGGCAAACUCUCUUCUCUCCGCUUCCAAAGCAACAACUGUCGUGGAAGUGAAGUCGACGCAAUGUUAAACACGAAAGGCUCCCGGUUAGUCUGAGGCGACAACAACAAACGACAAACAACAAGGAAGAGGCUGCUGAAAGUGGGCGAACUGUGACUGGGAGACAUUAAGCUAAGGGCUUGAGGACCGCCGCACGUGGACAAUCACCGCUGAACAAAUCGGAAAAGUGGAUCUCGACCUCUCCACUCAUCCUGUUCGCUAGCUGUUGACUCCUGCUUACUUUCAAGAUGAGUGCCAAGUCAGCUAUCAACAAGGUGGUGUUCAAACCCCAUGAUGAGAAGAUGCUUGCUGCUGUGCAGGUGAAGCGGAGGACCAAGAAGAAGAUCCCGUUCCUGGCCACUGGUGGGCAGGGAGACUACAUGACCUUCAUCUGUGUCUCAGUGACAAAUAAGAAACCCUCCCACGUGUCCAUCACGAAGGUGAAGCAGUUCCAAGGAUCUUCUGCCUUCGUAAAGAGGUCACAGUGGACAAUCAACCAGCUACACCAGGUCAACGGCAUUGACCCGAACAAAGACUGUGCAGAGUUUGACCUAACGUUCGAGAAUGCUUUCGACCAGUGGGUUGCUGGUUCAGCAGGAGAGAAGUGCUUCUUCAUCCAGGUUCUUCAUCACACCUGCCAGCGCUACAGCGCAGCAAGGAAACCAGAGUUUGUCAACUGUCAGUCCAAACUGCUGGGGGGUAACAGUAUUCUACACUCGGCUGCAGACAGCGUGACGAGUGCUGUACAAAAGGCCAGCCAGGCUCUGAAUGAGCGCGGCGAGCGAUUAGGUCGGGCGGAGGAGAGGACGGCAGACAUGAUGAACAGUGCUGAACAGUUCUCUGUUACUGCACAGAAGCUUGCCAUGAAGCACAAGUGUUAGACCACUGCCAAAACCAACUGAGGGUGAGGGUGAGGGUGUGGGGGGGGGUCACCAAUCGCCAGUCGCUGUCCAGGAGAAGGAUUCCAGAUGUUAUUAUUUUUACAAAGAUUUAAUAUGAUUACUAUUUGAAACAAUGUUAUUAACAUGUUAAUGUUUUGGAUUGUUGAUUGUCUGGUGCAUAUUCUGAUGGUGAUGCAUCGAGCUGGGGGAGGAAGAGAGGUAACUCGUCGAUACUGCAGACAGUCAGCAGAAUGUUUCAUGCUUCUGUUUUCCAAAAGAAAGUCACAGACCAUGACUGUUUGAUAAACACCUCCCCUUUUCAUAUGCUCAAACAUUUACGUGAGAGUACACAUGCUGACGAGUCAUUAUCAGCAAUCACUCCAAGGCGAGGAACAGCUUGGGUUGUUUGUAAUGAAUUGUUGACCGUUAUUUAUAAGCACUGCAGUGAUUAUGCAGUCUGAUUUAUGAGUAGCGGACCCUCACAGGUGUGACUGGAUCUGGUCGGAGCAUCAAUAAAUCCCAAAGUGUUUAUUUCAAAUUUAAUGUUUCCUCUGCUCUUCACUCUUGGUCAUUGGUUGUUGUUCCGUCCCAUAAUUUCAAAACAGUAUUAGUCAAAAUGUUUUCAACAUAUUUAAUAAACUGCUUAUGAUAUAAUAUACAAUAUUUAACAACCGGCAAGUAUACUAAACUUCUGUCAAAUGUAUCUACCAUUCACAACCAAAACUACAUGGAAUACAGUUGCCAACAUUCAAGUGCACUUGAAGAACUAUGUUUCCAAAAUUAGCUUUUUAAGUAUAAUUUGUUAAAUUCAGAAAACCAGCUUUGCAUUGUAAAAAGCAAAACGUACUUCUUGUAGUAUCUCGGUGUGGGUAGAUCUAAAUUGUCCCAUGAACAUGGGAUGUUUUGAAAUGACUCCGCUGUAUUUCAACUUUUAACAUUCAGUAGUAAUACCUAUAUGCUUUUUUGUAUAAUUUGGGUUGGUCAUUAUAGAGAUAUGGAAACUGAUAGAUAAAUGACCAACUGUCUUGAAUAUUAGCAGCAAUGUGUAGUUGUUUAUUUGUUGUCAGUGCUCUCACAUUGACUAUAACUUUGGCUUCCUUACUUGCAAGAUACCGUUCUCACAAUCAAGAUGUAUUUGAUUCUAUUAAUGUUUUGAAGUUUAGAAUUUACAAUGCACUGACAACCUAAUCUUGCAGAGCGCUAGUGAGUUUAUACUGAAACGUUCCAGUUGCCUAACUCUUACUGUGAUUCUGUUCCUCUCUCUAACACUUUGGAUGUUUAUUAUUUGAAUAAAGAAAUACAGUACAAAUAUUUUUA